UAGAUUAAAUAAACUGAAGAUAAUGGCACUAACUAAUGAAAGCCACCCUGAAGAAUUUAUCCUAUUAGGCUUUGCUGACCGUCCUUGGCUGGAGCUUCCUCUCUUUGUCAUUCUUCUGAUAACAUACCCUAUGGCCGUGAUGGGAAACAUCACUAUCAUACUGGUGUCCAAAUUAGAUCCCCGUCUCCACAGCCCCAUGUAUUUCUUCCUCACCAACCUCUCCUUUUUGGACAUGUGUUAUACCACAAGCAUUGUCCCUCAGAUGUUAUUUAACCUGGGAAGCUCUAAAAAGACAAUCAGCUACUUGGGCUGUGCAGUUCAGCUUUAUUUCUUCCACAUGAUGGGCAGCACAGAAUGUCUACUCCUGGCUCUCAUGUCCUUGGAUCGUUAUGUGGCCAUCUGCAAGCCUCUUCACUACACCCUCAUCAUGAAUCAGCAAAUCUGUGUCCUCCUAGUAUCCAUUGUGUGGCUGAGUGGAAUGACCUAUGCUGUCUCAGAAGCAACUGUUACAUUACAGUUGCCACUCUGUGGUCUCAACAAACUGGAUCACUUGGUGUGUGAGAUUCCUGUUCUGAUAAAGAUUGCCUGUGGUGAAAAGAGUGUUAAUGAGCUCACACUCUUCGUGAUCUGUAUUUUUAUGCUAGCUGUUCCACUCUGCCUAAUUCUUGCUUCCUAUGCUUGUAUUGGGCAUGCUAUGCUGAAGAUUAAGUCUUCUGAGGGAAGGAAAAAGGCCUUUGGGACAUGUUCUUCACAUCUCAUAGUGGUUUUAUUAUUUUAUGGCCCAGGCAUUAGCAUGUACCUUCAGCCCCCCUCUUCCAUCACUAGGGACCAGCCCAAGUUCAUGGCUCUCUUCUAUGGAGUGGUGACACCUACACUCAACCCCUUCAUCUACACCCUUAGGAAUAAAGAUGUGAAGGGGGCAUUAGGUAGCCUGACUAGAAGGAUUUUCAGUUCCAAGUGAAAGACGGUGGACAUCAAAUGAAGGUAUUUAACAAUUAGAGUAGGUUUAUACAAAAUUUUCCUAAUAAUUCAGUUUUAUCUCAUAAACCAAAAAAUAUACAUAAAUAAAAUGAAAACACCAAACCCGGUUCCACCGAGUCAAUUCCGACUCAUAGUGACCCUAUAGGACAGAGUAGAACCGCCUCAUAGAGAUACCAAGGAGCACCUGGGGGAUUCGAACUGCCUACGCUUUGGUUAGCAGCCAUAGCACUUAACCACUACACCACCAGGGUUUUAUCUCAAAAUUACCAAAAUUUCAUGUUAGGUGAUGUUCUU